CGCCUCGAAUUGCAGGCUGCAGUUGCACAUUAUUGCAUUUUUUGGCGGAAGGCAAAGACGGCAACACUACACUUGUUGAGCGUUUAGUUAGCUAGAAAAUAAUAUAAGCUAGUCGUUAAUUGUGAAACAAAGGUCUAAAUAGUGUAGUCGCAUACAACGAACGAGUUAAUCUGUGUGUGAGUCGUGGGACAGUCAGAAGCUGUCUGUCUAGCUACAUUUUGGUGGAGUGUAGAUGGCUUUCUACCUACAGUAGUUGUCAAAGCUAGCUAACUAUGAAUGGGAACGCGUUCGCUGUUUUGGCUGCAAAGAGCUUGAUACUUGGCUAAAAGAAUAGUGAUAGCUAGCUACCUAACUGGGUUGCUUGCGUGAUCGCUUAAUGAUUUCGUAGCUAGCAGCACAGCAGAAACAUUCGAUUAACGUUAGAUAAAUAACUAGCUAGCUAGCCCGGUGGUUAGUAUGCUAGUCUAGCUAACGAUGUAAACAGCUAACUUAGCUAGCUAGCUAACAUUAUUAACUAGCUAACUUUGAGCAGAGGGUCAGUCCCUCUCAGUUGAGCACCGGAUCCUUUUACAUUAUGAAAAACUGUGAGUACCAGCAAAUUGACCCACGGGGACUUUCAACACCCUCGUCAACGCAACCCUGUAACGUUACCGAAAAUAAUGUGCAGAGCCGGCCUCGAAGAAAAUGGGAAGUAUUUCCAGGGAAAAAUCGCUUUUAUUGCGAUGGACGGAUUAUUCUGGCCAGACAAAGUGGUAUCCUGCCUCUGACACUCGGCCUUAUCAUUGUCACAAGUGGCCUUUUCUUUGCAUUCGACUGCCCAUUCCUGGUGACUCACCUGACCGUCUGCAUACCUGUGAUUGGUGGAGCGUUGUUUGUGUUUGUGGUCACCUCCCUACUGCAGACCAGCUUUACAGACCCCGGCAUCCUGCCUAGGGCCCUGCCAGAUGAGGCUGCAGACAUUGAGAAACAGAUAGACACCUCAGGUUCCUCCACGUACCGCCCCCCUCCGCGCACCAAAGAAAUCCUCAUUAACCAGCAGGUGGUGAAGCUUAAGUAUUGCUUCACCUGCAAGAUGUUCCGCCCUCCUCGGACCUCACACUGCAGUAUGUGUGACAACUGUGUGGAGCGGUUCGAUCACCAUUGCCCGUGGGUGGGGAACUGUGUGGGCAAGCGCAACUACCGCUUCUUCUACAGCUUCAUAGUCUCUCUCUCCUUCCACACCUCCUUCAUCUUCGGUUGUGUCGUCACACACCUCAUGCUGCGAUCCCAAGGAGGGAAUGGCUUAGUCCUGGCCUUACAGGAGAGUCCUGCCAGUGUGGUUGAGCUAGUUAUUUGCUUCUUCUCCAUCUGGUCUAUUCUGGGCCUCUCUGGUUUCCAUACAUACUUGGUGGCCUUCAACCUCACAACAAAUGAAGAUAUAAAAGGCUCCUGGUCGAGUAAAAGAGGUGCAGAGGACUCUGGGAAUCCCUACACUUACGACAAUAUCUUUACCAACUGCUGUGCAACGCUGUGUGGGCCCAUGCCCCCCAGUCUAAUUGACAGAAGAGGCUUUUUGCCCCCUGAAGACAUUCCACCUGCUGUUGCAGUGGACAUGGAGCGUCCCCCUUUCCUGGCCAAGAAUGACACAAACAUGUGCACUCAGAGGACUAAGGACCUUCUGGAGAGGGUGAUCCGCUCUUCUGAGCUCCAGGGCCUGUGGCCCCCCGGCACCCCCAAGACUGUCCCUGGCCAGGAGUUGAGAGCCAGCCCAGAGUCCAGGUCCCCAGCCCCCUCCUCCUCCGCUGGGCCUCCCUCCACGGGCUGCUCUAGGUCCGCCAAUGGGUUUCCCGCCACGGGCUGCUCUGGGUCUGCCAAUGGGCCUCCCCCAACGGGGUGCUCAGGGCGCCAGGCCCCGCCCAUGGACUGUCGCCCUGUGAGCAGCAGCAAGAGACCCUCACUGCACUCCAACAACCCGGCCUUCCGCCUGGCCAGCCCCUCUCCCUCCUUCACCCACAAUACCAUCAUCCUGGGAGACGCUCCUGACAUGGGCUUCAUCCAACUGCACUGAGCGCGCUCAGUGGCUCCAGUAGGACUGCUUAAGAGAACAUUCCCCUUCCACACAGCUCCCUGGAACUAAUUAGUGGCUACACUGCCUUGAACCUUUGCCAUCACAUUUUUUUAAACCAUUAACUUUUUCAUGGAACUUACUGCGUCUUCUUCUAAACUCAGGACUUAAGCCAGUGUUUUCCCCUGUCCUGUUGGUGAUGACUUAGCUGGUAAACAUUAUUUUCAUAGAAUGUUUUAUUCCUCAACGGAAAGAUCUCCUACAGGCAGAAAGUUAAACUUGGUAACACUGACAAGCACAAAUAGUUUAUAAAAGUUUUUAUACACUGAUUCAUAGAACAUUUGUUUCACAAAGCUUCAAGCCAUAUGUACUCACUUACUUGGCAGGUGUUCCAGCAUAGUAACUAAGGAAGCAGCCUCUUUGCCUUUUAUGUACUCUGUUCUAUUACCUCUUAUGCAAAUCAUUCAUACACACACCCCUAUUCUGCCAUAGGUGUGAGGGCUUUUUUUAGUGGAUAAUAGGGUUUUGGGCUAACUGGCUUCCUAUGCUCUUUGUCUCAGCUGUAGUGAAAACACCCAAGGUCUCCCAGUGUAAAGGGCUCUGUGAAGUUACUUUCCACCCCCUCGUUCUACUCUACUGUCUUUUGGAUCGGCCAUGCCGUGGAUAUUGUUAUGUAUGUUUAGGCCUUGGCUGCAGUUGAGACAGUGACUCACUUUGAUUGGAUGGGACAAGUGCUGUAGUGGGCUGUUUCCCAAGGUUGCUGACGGCUGACAUUGUAAUCUGUUGAACCUCUUUUUCUUAGGCUGAAAAGGUGUUCAGAUUGAUUGUUAGAUUUAAACUCAGACUUGCUUUUGUAUAUUUAUUUGUCGCUGUGUUUAAGAGAGAGUGUCAGUGAGGCAGAGAGAGUGUAGGUGUAAAUGUGAAAAUGCUUGUGAAUUUAUUCUGGUAUUCUGUGUUUGAACUGACUGGGACUAGACUUUAUUGACUGUCCAAGCUAAAUGAACAUGUGCUUUAGGAGAAGAGUUCAUUGUGAGCUUGCAUUUUUGAUUGUCCUUUGAAUGUUCCUUUUACAUUUAUUCUCAUUUAAGCACUGAGACUUGAUCCAAAUACAAAUUCAAUACUG